CGUGUCACUUUCGUCGCACCUGUCCGGACGAAGUCACAACUUUUACGUAUGUAUCUGGAAAAGCACUCUUCACUUGGAAUUAUUAUUUAUUGAUAUUUAGAUUUCAACAGCAGGAUGAAGACCUUGGAGGAGUUUUACAUAUGAGGAAGCAACCGUAAUACUAUUGUUUACAAUGUUUAGAACCAAGGUACACGGAAGUAUAUAACUUGUAGCACUUAGUUGACCAAUGCAAAUUGUGGGAAAAAAACGGACUUAAAACUUAUGAUGUUCAUCCUCUCAUUAUGAGCAGAGACUGUACAAUUCAAUGUCUUCUGGUGCUGAAAAUUUGCAAUCUGCUCCUGCAACAGCAGAAUCAAAGCCUCAGAAACCAUCUGAAAGUGAGUGUUGUGGAAGUGGAUGCAAACCAUGUGUUUUCGAUAUCUAUGAACAAAGGUUAAAAGCUUGGGAAAAAGAACAGCAACGCUAUAGACUGUCUUCAGAGAUCCACAAUGUAGAAACUUUGCUUUCUCCAGUUGCAUAUAAACCAUUUGUGCUUAGGAACAUUCAGCAGGUGACAAAAGACAGCUUUUGCUACCGCUUCUGUGCACCCACUGAGCAUCCUCUUAAUAUUAAUCUGGGGCAGCAUGUUAUUCUCAGGGCCACUCUGCAAGGGGAAGAGAUAUUUCGUCAAUAUACACCAAUCAGUGAUAUGGAAGCACCUGGUUAUUUUGAUCUUCUUAUCAAGCUCUAUCCAACUGGCUUAAUGUCACAACAUAUAAAAGAAUGGCAACUUGGAACUGUAGCUGAAUUCAAAGGACCAUUUGGAAGUUUCUCAGAAAAUCUCUUAAAAAAGUGGCCAAGACUAUGUCUGCUUGCUUCUGGGACUGGUAUAGCUCCAAUGUCAGCAAUUGUAAAAUCUAUUCUAAAUGAUGAAGAUAAUGAAACAGUGAUACAACUAUUGUUUGCGUCUCGGUUUUAUGAAGAUAUUUUAUUAAAAGAAGACAUAGAAAGCUGGGCAGACUAUUGGAAUUUCAGAGUUCUCUACUGCCUCAGUCAGGAACAAGAAUCAAGCAACCUGGAUCCUUAUGAAGAACGGCUACAUUUUGGCAGAAUAACAAAGACUCUUAUAGAGUCCAAAGUCGAAGACGUUGCUAACAAUUUCUUUCUGAUCUGUGGCAGCAGGGUUUUUAACAAAGACAUGGCUAACUUUCUCACUGAACUAGGACUGUCUGAAGAACAGUAUUUUAUAUUUUGAUGAUGGCUAUUGAUAUAAUAAUGAUUAUGGAGGAAAAAUUUUAUCUGUGAUUCUAUUGUAAUGUUCUGUUAUGGAACUCAUCUGAAGUAUCAGUGUACUGCUAAGCAACACGUUUCAAACAAAAUUAUUUUUUUAAAUAUAUAUUUCAAAUGUCAAAAGUUAUUUUCUAUAAUGUCUGUAAUUUUCAUUGCCACAGACGUGAGAUAGUGAGAAGUGUGAUAACUAAAUGGUGAGGAUGCUAAUCACAACCUAUAAUUAAUAAAAAUGAAAGACAUGAGUUGGACGAGUCGCGAGAUAUUUUGGAAACUGGAAACCUGGCAACUUCAGGAAUUAUAGUGUAUUUGGUUGUUCCUCCUGUUAUUGAGUUGUCAACAUAGGCUCAGAAAUGGCUGUGUGGGUAAAAGAUUUCCCUCACAGACUCACAAUUAUGGAAUUCUGGGUCUGAUCCUGCUCUGCAGGAAUUUGUGAUAGAGUGUCUUGUCAUAAUCCAAGCUUCGUGAAGGAAAGUAAUCAUCAUCGUUAUUUAACGUCCAUUUUCCAUGCUGGCAUGGGUUAGAUAAUUUGAUAGGAACUGGCAAGGCCAAGGCCAGGUUCCAUAGUCUGUUUUGGCUUGGUUUUUACA